UCUGUUGACAUUAUUCGGCCAAACUGGGCAAGUUCUGGACCACGGGAUGCGAGACUUCGUGGAAGGCGAAAAAGAACUUGUUUUUCUUCUUGCAGGCUUGGAACAGACACUAGUAGUGGAUCAAAUCGAUCGAAGAAAACCACAUCGUCAUCAAGUAGUGUACAGAAGCAUCUUCCAAAAUACAUUCAGUCGUUGUUUCGUGGACGAAUGAGCACCGAUCCAUGUAAACGUCACUCGAGAAAAGAUUCGAGCGAAAGCAAUGCAAGCAGCUCGGCUGCCGUUCUUGAGUUCACGCGUCAACUUCAGAAUUACCCGUUGACAAGAAAAGAGGCGCAUCGGCAAAUGUGCCGCAGCAAUGAUCAGCAGGAUUCACCUGAUUCAAAGGCACGACACUCAGGAUAUGUUCACCUACCCGAGCUCGAAAUCCACGCGGCAUCACCACCAAGAUCACCUGGACUACUUCCUGCAACGGCGAUUGAUGAGACGCAACAAAUGCUUGAUUUCCCACGGCCUUCCAGUCCACAAGCGAUCCCUGGCCUACCACAGAUAGAAAUCCGCCGGCCAUCGGCUCUGCCACAGUAUGACUUUGGAUAUUUCGUGAACUCUCCGGAACUGAUCGAUCGUGAGGUAUCUGACUGCACGCCUUUACUUUUGAUGGGAAGGUCAACACAAGGUGGCAGUCGAAAGAGCUCUGAUGAGACAUCUCUGGGAGGAUGGUCGAGUCGAGCUUCUUCUGUAAUGUCGCAGCGGUCAUCUCGCUCAAGUGCCGGAUUACGCCUCUCCACCUUUUCAGGAGGCACCAGUAUUGCCUCUGACAAUUCGGGACCGUUCCUCUUCAGUUUCGUAUUACGUAAACGAGCAUCAACCAUUGGUACAAGAAUUCCGAUCCCACGUCGUGCCCUAUCCAGACUGUCUGGAGACAGCUUGAGAGUACCAGAUCGCGACAACACCCUCCAGCUCGCCUCCAUGACCGAGAUGAAUCCCGAUUUUCAUUGUAUUCGACAGCUGACAUUGAAUCUGCUCACCAUAUGCUCAAAAAGGUUAGGUGCAAGCUUUUAA